CGACACCUUUUUUACAUGCUGUCCUUUAUUUCUUCGUAGCUCUCAUCGCAUCUGUAUAUAGAAAGAAGAAAUGCAUAUGAAGUUCAGCAUUUUCCGCGACUGCAAACGCCAAGCUCGAAGAGAUAAAUGUGAAGUUGUGGCACCGAUCUCGUCCGCAAGCUUCAACCUCUGCGAGGAGUACGCAAACACCUUUCGCACCGAGUCCUACAACGAAUUCUGGGCACGCGUAUUGGAUCUCACCUUAGUCCAGGGCGCAGCAUUAAAGUCGAGGGAAAGCAGUGCAGCAGCUCGCCUCCCUUCCGACCGCCUCCUCGCCGAACACCUCCUGGACCCCGACCAACCCACGGUCACCAAAAUCCUUGCCCACGUUCGAAGGCACUGCCACCCUGAGACCCAUGUCCUCCUCUCCGACUACUACGCCGAGACCGCCAACGCCUCCCUCCUCUGCGGCCUCCUCCUGAAGGCAAUCGAGCAACUUCGUCUCCGAUACCGCCCCCUCAAGGCCACACUAAAUUCCCUCAUCUCCAAUGGCCAAUCGAGACUCAGCCUUCCAGCCAUCGAUCACUACCUCGCCGACCUCUCCACGAUCCUCACUCCUUCUAACUCGUUGGGCUCAUCUCAAUGCCAGUUCCGAGCAGUGCAAGAUGGCUCUGCGAACCUCCUCAAGAGGCUCGAGUCAAGACGCAAGAAGGCGAAAGCAAAGCUACGGUUCAUCAACCACCUGAAACGAGGCUUAGCCAUUUUCCUCAUAGCCCUCACCGCUUCAACAUCGGCGCUCGGUGUUUGUAUGGCGUUGCAUGCUUUGGUCGCCGUCGUGGCUCUGCCGACGUUUCUAUCAGCUUCCUCCUCCUGGUUGGCUUCCACUGGGUGGUUGGCUCGAGUGCUGGCCCAGCUGGAUGCAGCAACGAAGGGGACGUAUAUCUUGAAUCGAGAACUGGACACCAUAAGCCGGCUCGUGGCUCGAUUGCAUGACGAGGUCGAGCACAUGCUUGCACUGCUGAGGCUGUGCUGCGAGCGGCAUGGUGGCGGCCGGCGGCGGCUGACACAGGAGGUUGUGCGCCAGAUAUGGAAGAAUGACGCAAGCUUCAAUCAGCAGUUGGAUGAGCUUGAGGAGCACUUGUACCUCUGCUUCAUGACCAUCAACAAGGCUAGAAGCCUUGUGAUGAAAGAAGUUUUGGUGGCAAGUCGAGUCUGAGGUCAUUGGAUUGCAACUUUGUACAUGCAUACACAAUGUAAAUAAAACAGAUUCAUUUUAUAUAUAU